UCCGGAAUAAGUGAUGCUCUUUUGUCUCCUUCCUGACUCUUCUCGGCCCUGCCCGCCGCCCCUCCCGCCGCCUAUCCCCAGCUGGCCAGCGUAAACAUGGCCUCCGUCCGGCUCUUCUCCCUCGGCAGGAACGCCGUCAACGUUAGCCUGCUGAGGUCAGGUGUUCCAGCGGCAGGGCAGACACGUUCCGUCUACAAAUGUGUCACCCCUGAGGACCCCAGCAUGGAGUGGAAGGACAUCACAGAUAGAGCAGCAGCCACGGUCUUCUGGACCGAACUGUUCAGAGGUGCUGCUGUCACCCUGGGUCAUAUUUUUAAGGAGCCAGCAACCAUAAAUUAUCCCUUUGAGAAGGGACCCCUUAGCCCAAGGUUCCGUGGGGAGCACGCCCUUCGCCGCUACCCUUCUGGUGAAGAACGCUGCAUCGCCUGCAAGCUGUGUGAGGCCAUUUGUCCUGCACAGGCCAUCACCAUUGAGGCCGAGGAGCGUGAGGACGGGGCGAGGAGGACCACCCGAUAUGACAUUGACAUGACAAAGUGCAUCUACUGUGGGUUCUGCCAGGAGGCGUGUCCAGUUGAUGCAAUUGUCGAGGGCCCAAACUUUGAGUUUUCCACGGAGACUCACGAGGAGCUUCUGUAUAACAAGGAGAAGCUGCUCAACAAUGGAGACAAAUGGGAACCAGAGAUUGCCGCUAACCUGCAGGCUGACCACCUCUACCGGUAACCAGCAAACCCUCCCAUUGAUGCUGGUUUUAUAAUGGACUAAUGUAAUUAUUUAUCCAGUUCAGUGUCAUGUUAUAAAUUGUGUUCUUUGUACUGACAAAUUUAGCUGCAAGGAUCUAGCUCUUGAAGAAAUUUUGAGAGGAAUACUGAUGUUCAUGAUAGCUCUUGGCAGUGGGAAGAGUGCAUGAAGUCAUUACUGAUCCAGUUCCAUUUUCUUCAAGAGGAUUAGAACCCAGUAACAUGUUGGUGGCAAUGAAAGUACACUGUCACUGGAGCAGUGACAGUGUACUCUUAGGUGUAGAUAUUUACUGUAAAUAAAACUUAAAUGGUUAAUUACUUA